AUGCCUAAGGGGAUUGCCUUGCCCUCAGAACUCCAAGUUCUUAAAGGAUUCAUAAUUUGCGCUCAUAAGAAUGAUAGAUCAUGUACUCUUCAUGAUUUGUCAGCUUUGAAGAAGUUGAGGAAAUUGACAAUCAACACAAGCAGGGAGGAUUUUCCCAGAGAAGAAGAGCUAAUUGUUUUCCAACAGUUUGGAUCGCUUCGAAAGCUAACAGUAGCAUGGGGAGGCUUAUACCUCCCAGCCAUCCAGCUGGAUAAACGUAUUAAGCUGAAGAAUAUUGCUGCUCAACGCACAACAUCAAACACUUUGAAGAGUAGUGGAGGUAACCAAACACAAGACAAUGCUGCACCAGAGCCAGCAACACCAACUGGCAUAAGAAACCAUUUCCGUAAAAUCCCUUCAAGUUUACCAGCCUUCAAGCGAAUCACUGGAACUACUACCAGGAAUCAGGAACAUUUUAAAGAACUAGAGAAGCUGGAUCUGCAGUGCUACCCUCAGAUGACAGCACCCAGUUGGUUGAUGCCUGGAAAGCUUAAGAGUCUAAAGAAACUCUACAUUAGAGGAGGACAGCACCAAAAUCUAGGUCAAGUUCACGAGAAUGACAAGUGGACAAUUAGGAUUUUACGUCUUAAGUUCUUGAGUGAAUUAAAGCUGGAUUGGAAUGAACUCCAGGUGUCAUUUCCAGACUUGAUAUAUUUGGAGAAAUUUAGAUUCCCUAAGCUCACUUUCUUCCCAUGCGAUGCGAGUGGCCUAUGGCUGAAGCCCUGA